AUGGAUAUCUUGGAGAAGGUGAUCAUCGCGUGGUUUGCGUUUGAGUUUGUCAUCCGUUUGUGGGCCAGUGGUUGUCGGCCGGAAUACCAGGGCUGGAAUGGGAAAGUGCGAUAUCUAUGCAGAAUCGAGUCAAUCAUAGAUUUAGUGGUGAUUGUGGUGUCGGCGGUGGUGUUGGGACUCCAGCCGAUCAACUUAGUCGUUGACACGAGUAUAGUGUUCGCUGCGGCAGCCCUUCGAGGCUUUCACCGGCUGUUUAUAGUCAUACGACUGGUGUGGGCGAGAAAGUCCACUUCUGGUGUUGACAGUGCCGUCAGUCCCUUCCGGAUGUUUGUGUCUGUCCUGUACUCACAGAGGGAACAGUUGGCUAUUAUUACAUAUAUUAGUUUUGUUGUCUUCUUCAUCGGUUCAUUUCUUGUAUAUUUGGCCGAAACUCAAACAAAUAGUGAGUUCAAGAACAUAGCGAAUAGCUUUUGGUGGGCGGUUGAAACAGUUAUCACAGUUGGCUACGGAGAUAUAGUUCCCAUUACUAUACCGGGAAAAUUUUUGGCAUCUAUUUUCAUGAUCAUAGGCUUCUGGUUAUUCGCAUUGCCCACUGAGGUUAUCGGCACCGGAGUGGCCCUUAGAGUAGAGAAAAUGGAGGCCGAUGUCAAACAUAGCCCUCAAUUCAUACCCGCAGUCAUAUUAAUUCAAUCCUAUUGGAGGUUCUAUGCGUCAAACCACAAGCCUCUAUCCCAGACCACGUGGUAUAUCCCGCAUAACCGGGUGAUUGUGGACCGGAAUCAGCAAAAUGUUGUCCGAUUCAUACGAGCCGUAAAGUUA